GCGUGGAGGGAGUCCUCGCGCUUUCUUUGUUCCACGCCAGUGUACAGAGCGCGAGCUGAGCUCAUCUGUGUCGUGUAUCGUUAUUAGGGUCGUAUGUGCUCGUGCGUGCACGCGCGUAUAUGUGCGCUGUAUGUCGGCACCAGGUUCGCUCAUCGCCCCGCUUCCUCGCAUGACCCGGCGCCAAUAAAGGGGCUUUCUCGCGCCGCUGUUCGGAUCAUGGCAUGCGCCUCAUCUCGCACUUGCAGAGGCGCGCCGCGGACGCUGCUCACUACUGAACAUGGGGAGGCUCAGGUCGAGAAAUGGCGCUAACGGCGCUCCGGACUCCGGCGAGCCGCGGAAAGACGCGCUGGCCGCAGAGCUGGAAGCAUGCGCGGGUCAGGAGCGAGACGGUGCCCUUCUGCUCGCCACUUCGGCCCGCCAGGCGGAAUUCAAACGGGGCUCGCAGAACUUUGGUCUUCUCGCCAAGACCCCCAUCGGGUACACGCGGCCCGUCAAGAGGAACAACAUCCGCAAACGGCGCAUCCAGAACCUCCUGUACGAUGUGCUCGAGAGACCGCGAGGAUGGGCGCUGCUCUACCACGCGUUCGUGUUUACAAUAGUCCUGGCGUGUCUGAUCCUAGCCAUUCUGACAACGUUUAAAGAGUAUGAAGACGACUCGGGUCACUGGCUGGUGCUGCUGGAGACCUUCACCAUCUUUAUUUUCGGAAGUGAAUUCGUUUUGAGGAUCUGGGCUGCCGGAUGCUGUUGUAGAUAUAAGGGCUGGAGAGGGCGGCUGAAAUUCGCCCGCAAACCACUGUGUAUACUGGAUAUCUUUGUGCUGAUAGCAUCUGUACCAGUUGUUGCUUUGGGUAACCAGGGAAAUGUUCUGGCUACGUCUUUGCGCAGUCUGCGCUUUCUGCAGAUCCUGCGCAUGCUGCGUAUGGAUCGACGAGGUGGCACCUGGAAAUUGUUAGGGUCUGCAAUAUAUGCACACAGCAAGGAACUGAUCACUGCUUGGUACAUCGGCUUUCUGUCUCUGAUCCUGUCCUCCUUCCUCGUCUACUUGGUGGAAAAAGACGUCGAGACCAUGACGCUGUCCUACGGUGAAGAGACAACCCCAAACCCUAAGCAAGAUUUCGACACUUAUGCAGAUGCACUGUGGUGGGGACUGAUCACUUUAACGACUAUUGGCUAUGGCGACAAGACCCCGAAAACGUGGCCAGGGCGCCUGCUUGCAGGGACCUUUACGCUAAUUGGCGUGUCGUUUUUUGCUCUGCCGGCAGGAAUCCUGGGUUCUGGAUUGGCUCUUAAAGUUCAGGAGCAGCACAGACAAAAACAUUUCGAAAAACGAAGACACCCUGCAGCUGGACUCAUACAGUCAGCCUGGCGAUACUACGCCACAAACCCGCUCCGAGAAGAUCUUACUGCCUCAUGGAGAUUUUAUGAGACGGUGAUCUCACUGCCAUGCUUCAGGAAAGAUCUGGAAGGAAUUUCAAGUCAAAAGCUGACUCUGCUGGAGCGUGUACGUCUGCCCAAUCCACGCCCUUCUGCUGUGAGGGGCAGGCUCAUGAUGCCCGCCGGGAAUCCUGGGAGUGGAGGAGCCAACUGUGGGACAACAGAGGCGAAUGAAGAGAGUCCGUCUAAAGAGGCAAAACCUGCUGGUUUUAGCAACAGAGAGAGAUUCAGGACUGCAUUCAGAAUGAAGGGCUAUUCUCUGAGACAGAGUUCAGAGGAUGCAGCUGGUUUAGCAGAUCCCACCCCUGAGGAGAAGGGCUUCCCUUCUGACAUCCUGAUGGAGGAUAUGAUUCCUACCCUCAAACUAGUGAUCCGAGCAGUGCGGAUCAUAAUGUUCCUGUUGCAUAAGAAGCAGUUCAAGGAGACGCUGAGGCCGUAUGAUGUGAAGGACGUGAUUGAGCAGUACUCUGCAGGACACCUGGACAUGCUUUGCAGAAUCAAAUACCUCCAGUCACGAAUAGAUUUGAUUCUUUCUCCUGGUCCCCCACUCACUCCAAAAAACAAGAAGCCACAGAAGACACCUUUUCCCUACCCAACUCAACAAUCCCCGAAACAUGAAGCUUAUCUCCCGAAAGCAGCACUGCCGGAAGCUGAGGACCAAAGCAUGAUGAGCAGAUUUGUGCGUGUGGAGAGACAGGUGACAGACAUGGAGAAGAAGCUUGACUUCCUGGUGGACAUGCACAUGCAGUACGACCUCACAGCUCCCGCCCACAUCACCAUGGAGCGCAGCGAUCUGACGGUCAGCAUCACCGGAGAUCGGGUGUACUGCAGCUACACUCCGCCUCUCCCUUACACCCCUUUCUACUCGCGCUCACUGUCACACACAAACCCGACUCGACCCACCGUCCUGCCCAUCAGCCCACUACCAAACCACUCCUUUUCCUCUCAAGUGGACCUGUGCGAUAAACUGUGCGUGGACCAGCGGGCAGGCACGCCCCUCUCGCUGCUGUCCGUCACGCACGAGGAGCUGGAGCGAACGCCCAGCGGGUUCAGCAUAUCCGCUGAAAAAGAGGACGUCUCGCGCAGGGGGUCGGGAGCCACCACAGGGUCGGGCUGGGACCACGAGCACCGCUACUUAGCCGAGGGCGAGACGGAUACAGACAGCGAGCCUUUCACGCCCGGUGGACACGCCUUGCCAUCAGCAAAUGACGGAUUUCUGAGCGACGAAGCGUGGAUCACUCCACCUUGAAAUUCGCACCCAGUCACUUACACAAAUACAAGUGAGCAACAUACUAGUGUUUUUAAUAACCGCGUACAUUGUAAAGGCAGACACGAACAUAUAUAUCGAUCACACGCUUUACCGCUGCAAAGCAAGGAGCACUGCAUGGAAUGCAUGCGUUUUAUCUUUUCGUCUUUAGUGGUAGACAUUGCACAAGAGCGGACCAAGAAAAGACUGACGAACGGAUAAUUCAGAGUAAAAAAAAACAAUGCUAUGCCAUUUUUGUAUACUUAUUUUUAUAUUUAGAACCAUUUAGCUUUUUUCAUAUGCAUGGACUGCAUGACACUUAUCUAUAGAGCAGCUAAUAGAAAUAAAAUGUUCACUUUUUUUUUACUUAUUUGGGUCUUUUUUUUUGUGUAGGGCUGUCAUGGUUUCGACCAGGUUGAAAAGUUGAGACAGCAUGUAAAAUGCAAAUAAUAAAAAAAAAAAACACAGA